AAGUAUAUGACGAAAUGUGAUUAGAACAAAAGAAUGACGAUUGCAGGUGUUGCAGCGUACGGUAACAAUACCUCACGUAAUUUGCAGUCAUUGUUCGGAUCUGGAUACGGUUCCUAACCUGCAGUUCCUAAACGCGACCACUUAUUGCAUUCCGUGUAAAGAAUAGAGAACAAAAGAGUUUAAGACGCUCGAAAUUGCAAAUUUAUGAAGCGGAUUCAUCAAGGGAAAACUGAUGUCAGCAGAUAUGCCAAACAACAAGGACACCAGGAAUCAGGAGGAAUUCGAGGAUCGCGUCGUCACGGACUCGGUUCACGAGAGAUUUCGGCAAACGCGUGUUCGUUGUGACGAGUGCGAUCGCGACAUCCCGGGAGACGGGGCUGCCAUAAGGAAGCACUUUGACGAUUCGCAUCCCUCGGAGAGGCACUGCUGCUACUGCAAAGGCAAGGUGUUUACAUAUCGAAAGAUCACGACAAUGGAUUGUAGAGAAUCGUCAGAGAGUUUUGUAUAUCACAAAUGCAAGCACGAGGAGCAGUUCCAAACAAAUGCAUUGAAAAAAUCUUCCUAAAUGUCAAUAUUUCAUUGUCUUCAGUAACUUCUAGAUAUCAUAUUUUUGAAUUUGAUAUCUUUAAUCGAAAGAGACAGUGUACUGUGAGAGAGUAUACAUGGUAAAUUAUGACAGCUACAUAAUUCUUAGUAAUGAAAAAUUAGUCGAUUAAAAUUAGAGAUUUUAUUGGAAUACAUGGUCUGCCUCAAAAAUAAUGAGAUUAAUUCUGUAAAGUUGCUUGGACCUUUUUAAUCGUCCCAAAAGUGUCUGACUGUCCGACACUGUUUUGGACCGAUUAAAAAGGUCCAAGCAGCCGCAACGAGUGUUCUGAAAGGCACAUUUGAAGCCUUGAAAAAUAUUGAGUAUUUUCAAUAAAAUGAUUUUUCCAAAAUUAGUCUCAUUACUUUUGGAACAGACCAUGUAUGUAACAUAAAAAAUUGCCAACAUGCUUGCCUGAUUAGCGGAUAAAUGUCAAGAGUCAGAAAUGUCUCAUGCCAAGUUUAUACGUCAGUGACAUAUUAUAUACACAAUAUAAUCAGGGUUGGAUAAUAACUAGUUAUAAUAAUUAGUUAAAAGAUAAAUAAGAAAGUUAAAAAGUUA